AUGAUUAGAAACAGGGUUAAAGCCCCAACAACCGGCCAAAGCCAUCUCCUGCUCAACGGGAGCAAAGAGGUGGAGACUUCAAACGCUCUCUGGGGACGGAGAAAAAAUGUUUCUAACCUCGCUGGCUUUCUCAGCAUGGGCGCUGUGGUGGCUUCGCCGCUGUUCGCCCUAUUUCUGUACAUAUGCCUUGAACACUUUGAUGGUGCCAUGUCGAACGCAACAAUCGAGCUACUUUCGUCGCCUGUCGAUUUCUUUCUACAGUACCUGCCAGGUCCGACUAGCCAGGCGACAAUACUAUAUGUCAGCUGGGUCGCUAUGCAAGCCGCGCUAUACUCGGUACUUCCUGGGCAAAUUGUGCAUGGACCGCCAACACCCGCAGGACAUACUCACCCAUACAGGAUGAAUGGGCUAUUAUCAUGGUUCGUCACUAUUGGUACAGUAGCAGUAUUGGCAGCGAUUAAAGGGAUUGAAGCUGUUGCUGGCGUGGCUCAAAAUUGGGGCGGAAUUCUCGUCGCGGCGAAUAUCUACGGUCUUGCCUUCUCCGUGAUAUCAUGGUUGAAAGGCCAUCUCCACCCAAGCUUUGAGAAAGACCAGAGGUUCAGUGGAUCAAUAUAUCACGAUUUCUUGUCCGGCAUUGAGUUGAAUCCGCGGAUAGGUGGAACGUGGGACUUCAAGCUAUUCCAAAUUGGCCGACUGGGGAUGAAUUCAUGGGUAAUAAUUGAUCUCUGCUUUAUGGCUGAGCAGUAUAGUCGGUUCGGUGCGGUGUCCAAUUCAAUGGUGGCGGUGACUCUCCUUCAUGCCCUAUACACGGUCGACUUCUUCGUCAACGAAGCCUGGUAUCUGGCUACUAUCGAUAUUGCCCACGAUCACUUUGGGUUUUAUCUUUGCUGGGGCUCGGCCGUAUGGCUUCCUAUGGUCUAUACCACUCAAGCGCAAUAUCUUUCCGCUUACCCAGUCCAACUUUCCCCCACUGCAUUUUACUCCAUUUUGGGCAUUGGGCUCUUUGGCUAUAUUCUCUUCCGACUAUCAAAUAAUCAAAAAGACUUGUUGCGGAAGACACGUGGAGAUUGCAAAAUAUUCGGCAAGAAACCAGACGUGAUCAGAGCCAAGUACACGACUGGAGCCGGAGCAGUGCAUGAUUCUCUCUUACUGUGUUCAGGCUGCUGGGGUGUUGUUCGCCAUCCCAACUACGUUGGUGAUAUCAUCUUCUCCUUCUGCGUAUGCGCUUGUUGUGAAUGGACGCACUUACUACCCUAUACAUACUUUAUCUGGAUGACUGGAUUGCUAGUUCAUCGAUGCUAUCGGGAUGAGCGACGGUGUUCGAUUAAAUACGGGAAGUACUGGGAGCAGUAUCAGGGAAUAGUACGAUGGAGAAUGAUACCUGGUGUCUUCUAA